GUGGCGCGCGCGGCUUUCCCGCAACAUGGCCGAGCUUCGCUUCCUCAUCAAUCCUCGGGCUCCGCACACGGAAGGAUGCAGCAAGUUCAUUAUCAAACACUAUGCUUUCUUGAAAGGGCUUAACCCCGAGAUGACUUUUCUGGUUCGUGAAACGGCCAACACGUCCUGGGAGCCUGUGGUCGAAGCUGUUUACCAAGGUUUCAAAGCCAACGAGACCACCAGGGUCACCAACAUGACCGAAGAGCAAAUCUUUGCCGAAGUGAAAAGGUUCAAUGAUGUUGGAAUUGAGCACAACAAGCAUGUGGAAUAUUUGUUGCCUGACAUUAUUUGAAUGCAAGAGUAACACAGAUUGAACCAAC